GAACUGUAGUGGUUUUGCAGUUCACUUUAAAAUUUUCUUACGGAAAAUCUCGGCACAUACUGCACCCAUCACUACUCGGAACAGGAUUUAUUGCAGUUCCUUAUGUUUUACAGUGUAGAGCUAUUGUCUGCCCAUCGUGGGAAGUUCGGAAUUAUUUGGCUUGCAGCGACCCACGUGAAGAAGAAUUUGACGCGAAGAGAAUUGAAUUCUGUGGACAUCGUUUCGGCUUGGUUCGAUCAUUUGAACUCUCAGGUUACCUUCCUUUCAGCAAUGAGAUUACUUUAUGCAUCAUGGGUCGCAUGAAGAUGCGGCUUUCUCUCUAUCUUGCUUCACAAUUAGCAUUUGGCCUAUGUGUGGUCUACUACGAGAAGACGAAAAUGAUGCUGCCCUGAAACCUCGUUCCAAGAAACGAAAACGGGAUGAACCCACAGAGCUGCCCGAGUUGCCACUGGCCGACCCUCCGAGUGACUUUGGGAAUCUUCAGAUACCCGACAUUCUGUCGCUGUCUAUCGUACAACCUGAUCCGAAGUUUAUGGAUUCCCAAAACUCCAUUUAUCAAGCUCGUCCGGAAGACAUUACCUUGAUUGAGGAUAAUAUCAAUCUGGGCUAUGCAAAUACUCUAACCUUUGGCGAUGAAUUAGGCCCGGCGGCUCUGGACUUUUUCCAGGAAGCUACGCUAGGUCAGGAUCGCGAACCCGAGGUCUUCACUCUGUUCACGGUGCCCGAUGAUGUUACCAAAGCGAGCGUUCUAGAUACACCACCAACCAAACAGGCGCGACUCGAGUCAACCACCGUCGGCACCGAGGUGGAACCGACGAUGUUUGCUGUAACCGUUUUGGAACAGCAGUCUGCAUAUCAACCGGACCUUGUGGAUGGAAUUGUCCUUAAUUUGGAGCAAACCUCUGAGCCAACAAUUAUCAAGGCCUUGAACAUAAGCGAAGCACCCACUGUGCUCCCGGAUGCGGGUGAGAUGAUGAUCAGCACGGAAGUUCGUCAACCAAUGGAUGUUUCGUCAAUGAGGGUACCUACGAGCCACGCUGCUGAAUCUCUUGUCUUGCCGGAUUUACCUGCACAGGACUCAGUCUCACUACAACCCACCGUUCAACCUCCUUUCGCAUUUCAACUGGACAUGGAACCGCUGGUUGUCUUGUCCAGAGUCGAUCAGGAUGUGUUGUUUCGACGACCCCGGCGCGGGCAGAAGUUGUGUAAGUUGGCUGUGGACGCAAAAACGCGUUUAAGCAUGAGCGAUAUACGUUGGAACAUGGAACAUGGUGACGAGACCAUGGUCGCCCUCAGUAGCCGUCUGGCUGAGCCAUCUAGUCGCACACAAACUCGCUAUUUGUUAUCCCGGUGUGUCCCGCGUCUGUUCGCCGUCCCCGCCACUUUGGGAACUGCUUUGAGUUCAACUUUAUGUGAGCUUUGGUGUAGACAUCGUCGUUUUGGUGAGGAACAUCUUUUGUUAGUCGGCGACGAUUUGAAUGAUCUGCGAUCGGUUUCCCCACUCCGGAACCUUUCCCAUCACCAAAAUGCUGAUCGUCCAGAAAGACUGACCGAAGAAGCUGACCAAUCCGUGGAAUUGCGCAGAGCGGGACAGACCACUUCCUCCGUGAUUCAAUCGAGCUCUCUUUUCGGCGCUUCUAGCCACCUGUUGGAUGUCACAAUAAACCAGCCCGCCAACGUGACCGAUCUGGAUGUUUCUAUAAAAACCCCUCUGCUUGUUAAGCCAACAACUGCGGAGGUUGAUGCAGUCCGGACCAACACUACUCCAGUUCCAAAUAUCACUGACCAGUGUUUGCCUCAAAUUGAGACAACCACAUUGGUACCACUUCCAGAAGAGUUGGAAGAGCCUAUGAGACAACCCUGUCCUUUAGAGCCGAAAACAACGGUUCCUGAAGCAGCCUCAGUUCCCGAGCAGCUAUACGCCAACGCGGGGCGUGUAUGGAGUCGUUUGCAAGAGCUACUUGCCAUGUCCGACUCCAACUCGGUGAACAUGACACAACUGUGUCCGUGUGGCAUUUCCAAACGGGACGCUGCAAUCGCGUUUGCCGCCGUACUCGCCUUGGCGAAAAAGCGGUUGAUUCUACCUACUCAAAAUGAGCCCUAUGGCCCCAUUACUAUUCGUUACUUUUGA